GUUGAAGGGGCAACAAUCGAUAGCUAGCCACCAGUACCCUGUCUCAAAUUAUCUCACCCGCAAGCUUACCUCGACCUUCGCAAAGGGAACACAGCGGUGCGCGCGCAGUCCUGAUCAUCACUUGGGACAGCAUAUCCGAAAUCCAUACACUCAAGGCGACCCGUCCCCGACACAUGUCGAAACCGCAAUUUGAUCGCGCCGACGCGAGCGCGCUCCUCGACGACCGUGGAUACCGUGGCGCCCUCAUCCGUGGCCAGAACCCGGCACUUCUUUUCGAAAAGGGUGUGCGCGAGCGCAUCACAGAGUCAUACUAUUGGAAGGAACAAUGUUUCGGUCUGAACGCUGCAACACUAUGCGAUCGCGCCGCAGAACUCAAGUUCAUCGGUGGCACCACGGGCAUCACAGGCAAACCAACGCCAUUCCUGUGCCUGGCCUUCAAAAUGCUCCAGCUGGUCCCAGAUAAGGAAAUUGUUCUCGAGUACCUCAACUUUCGCGACGAUGAGGAUGACGAAGAUGACAAAGAUGACAAAGCCGAGGUCAAGAGAGAGAAUGGCGAUACGGCAGCCGACGACGACGACGACUCUGCCAAGAAGGAGCUUGACUUGAAUGCAGCGGGUAAGCUUGGCUGCUUCAAGUAUCUCCGCUGCCUCGCUGCCUUUUACAUCCGCCUUGCCUGGGAGCCCGUCGAAAUCUACAAGACACUAGAGCCUCUGCUCACGGACUAUCGCAAGAUCAAGCGCCGCCUCAAAGACACAUUUACCCUCACCCACGUCGAUCAGUUCAUUGACGAUCUCCUCACAAAAGACCGCAUCUGUGCGACGAGCCUGUGGAAGUUGCCUUCGAGGGCAAUUCUCGAGGAUUUGGAUAUGUUAGACCCAAGAGAAAGUCCGCUGGGAGAUGAGGUGGAUGAGUUAGAUGAGGACAUGGACAGGAGGAGUGUAGGAAGUGAAGAAAGUUAUAGGAGUCGAAGCUAUGACAGCCGAAGCAGGAGUAGAAGUAGGGGCCAUGAGAGUCGGAGUCGUAGCCGCAGUCGAAGCAGAAGCUAUGAUAAUCGGGACCGAGGCAGGAGUCGUAGUCGCAGCCCGGGAGAGCAAAGCAUACGAAGUCGAUCAAGACGUAGCACUCGAAGCCGGAGCUCCAGUCGCAACCAACGUCACAGCAAUGAUGAAUGACAAGGGACUUCCCGGCCUGCGGACCCCUUGCGUUUACCAAGUCAGAAUUGAACCUACGCUAUAUACCCACCAGUCUCAAUCUACAUACAAACCUUAUUGCAGAUCAUAUCUUACAUAUCAUUUGCAAAACCACAACCAGUCAUAUGCAUGCAUCUACCAUACUAAUUUGUCGACUACUUAUGCC